UGAUGAGAAGGGCGGGAGUGUUGGAUUUCAUCAUGCUGUUUAUGAAGUGAGAGAGAGAGGAACAGAGAGAGCGUGAGUGUGACUGGUGAAAAUAGUGUUGUAUUUCAUCAUGAUGUGUGUGACAGAGUGCGGCCGGUGUAAACCACUCCGAGACACGAGUCCCUGCAGGGCGAAAACAAUUCCAAUCCUCUGCCAUUCCCUCCGUCCAUUCCCCCUUUUUAGCCUCCUUGAAGCUGUUGAGUAUUUAGCCUAGAAUAAUCACUUGUUUGUUCCUUCUUGUUUCCCCACAGCCUUUCGGUCCUCCCCGGCCCCCGUCGCAGUCCUCUCGCUACUUAUUUCAGCCCAGCUGCGCCAUGCACGCGCACUGUCAGGCGCAGAUGCCGCGCGCGCGCAUUUGAUGUAAGCGCGCCAGCAAAGCCCGCCGCUAUUAAUACCGCGUAAUGAAGUUAUUCGUAAGGAUGGGUCGUCCUCUUGCCUUUGCUGUUUGUGGGUUGGAGGAGGAGGAGCGUCGAGGGGACGGCGGCGCUGUAGUUUGACACCGAGCGCUCUGCAGUGCCUCCCUCCUGCGUGCUGUCUGCGCCACCGAACGGAAGGAAACAGAAAGCAUGUUGUAAAGUUUCAUUUCUCAUCCAAGCUGAUCCACCAUCUCCCCCCCGUUUCACACACCGUGGCUCCCUUCUGAUGUGUUGCACCACAAAUGCCGCAGAGUGGUAUAUGUACAUAAAAAGCGAGUGUCCACGGCUGCAGUUAAAUCCAAUUAUAGUGGUGGAGUAUCUUGGGUGGAAGUCUCCCUCCUCUCUACAUAUGAGCUCUUUACCGAAUUACUCAGGAGCCAGGAUAUCUGGCUGCUGGACACUGACAUCUGAUGGCCGUGGAGGCGGCGACGGCUCACUGGACCGCCUCCUCCCCUCGGUCAGCACAGGCCUUUCGCCUCGGAAAAGGACCACCAGUCAGUGCAAGUCUGAGCCGCCUCUCCUCCGCACCUCUAAGCGCACCAUCUAUACCGCGGGGCGGCCCCCCUGGUACAACGAACAUGGCACACAGUCCAAAGAGGCCUUUGUCAUUGGUCUGUGUGGUGGCAGUGCUUCAGGAAAGACGACCGUCACUCGAAAAAUCAUCGAAGCCCUCGACGUUCCUUGGGUUGUCCUCCUUUCCAUGGACUCCUUUUACAAGGUCCUCUCCUCAGAACAGCAGACACGGGCUGCCAGUAACGACUAUAACUUUGACCACCCUGAUGCCUUCGACUUUGAUUUGCUGACGCACACACUGCGAAAGCUCAAGCAGGGGAAGAGUGUGAAAAUCCCCGUGUAUGACUUCACAACUCAUGGAAGACAGAAGGACUGGAAAACAGUGUAUGGAGCCAGUGUUAUCAUCUUUGAGGGGAUCAUGGCCUUUACCGAUAAAGAGCUCUUGCAGUUGCUGGACAUGAAGAUCUUUGUGGAUACAGACUCGGACAUCCGGCUUGUGCGGCGGCUGAGGAGGGACAUAACUGAGCGAGGCCGGGACAUCGAGGGCGUCAUCAAACAGUACAAUAAGUUUGUCAAGCCAGCCUUUGAACAGUACAUCGAACCCACCAUGCGCCUGGCGGAUAUUGUGGUGCCUCGUGGUGGCGGGAACAUGGUUGCCAUUGAUUUGAUAGUGCAGCACGUCCACAGUCAGCUGGAGGAGAGGAAACUUCGCUGGGAUAUGGCAGCCCUGGCCUCCGCACACCAAGCCCAACCCCUCCCCCAGACUCUCAGCGUUCUAGAGAGUACACCCCAGGUCAAAGGCAUGCACACCAUCAUCAGGAACAAAGAAACCAGCCGGGAUGAGUUCAUCUUUUACUCCAAGAGGUUGAUGCGUCUGUUGAUUGAACGAGCUCUCUCCUUCUUGCCAUCACAGCUCCACAUAGUCCAGACACCCCAGGGAGAGGACUAUGAAGGGAGGGCUUUUCACGGGAAGAGGAUAACUGGCGUGUCCAUCUUGAGGGCAGGGGAGACCAUGGAGCCAGCUCUAAGAGCCGUUUGCAAAGACGUCCGCAUCGGCAAAAUCCUCAUUCAGACCAACCAGGACACAGGAGAACCAGAGGUCCAGCUUCAUUACUUGCGUCUCCCCAAAGACAUAAGUGAAGAUCACGUCAUUCUAAUGGACUGCACCGUGUCCACCGGCGCUGCAGCCAUGAUGGCCGUUCGAGUGCUACUGGACCAUGAUGUACAAGAGGACAAGAUCUUCCUGGUUUCUCUGCUAAUGGCUGAAAUGGGAGUGCACUCGGUGGCCUACGCCUUCCCACAGGUCAAGAUCAUCACCACAGCAGUGGACAAGAAGGUCAACGAUCUGUUCCACAUCAUACCUGGCAUCGGAAACUUUGGAGAUAGAUACUUUGGAACUGAUGCACCCCCUGACUGGAGCGACGACGAAAUGGAUGAGCCCAGUUACUGAUUCACCCUGAAUCACUUGUCAUGUACUAGCUCACCUCACAAAGGACAACGUGAUGCCUCUGUGGGGCCCGGAGCAAAACAGUGAUAAUGUGCAGUCACCCCGUUGAAGCGUUUAAAUUAUUAUGUUCUUCAUGAAGUUGUUAUAUGAAGGUAAAGAUAUUUUUGUACAUAUGUUCAUGGGUUCUGAUGUUUUGCUUGGUCUCUGUGGGAACAUUUGCAAUGAGAAAUGUCGCAUUAAAUUCCUCAUACUGUGGACGACACACUGAAUAUGAAUUUGUGUAUGACUUGGGGGGGAGGGGGGAGUAUUGCUUUCAUCAGUCACGAGCAGUUAAAUCAGUACACAAACUCAACUUUCAAGUGCACUUUCAGAACGACCAUUCAAUCGGAAAAUGUGUAGGUGUAUUUUUUCUUUUGUUUUGUUUUUUUUGUUUUUUUCCUUUCUCUCUGAGGUGUGAAAGACUGUGUUUUGCACACAGCUGAAAGGUUGCAGUGUGCAAAAACAUACGCUCAGACUACUGCAUGAGACUGCGGACUGUAAACUUGACCAGCCAGCAGACAGGUCCUACACUUUUUUAGCUUGACUUCUUGCUGCGAGACCACAAUGCUCACUAAACACAUUUCAGCCCCAUGCAGCCGUUGUUUCUGGCCUUGAAUGUCUGUACACUUAUCAAUAUUGAAAAAAUAGGGUCAGUUGUUUGAAGCUUUUAAUUAAACAAAAACAUCUAUUGCAUACAGACAUAAUGUUACUCUAAAAAAGUUGUCUUUGAAUUAGCACAAAAGGGACUUUAUUGCGCUUCUCCAUGAGGUCACAGGCCACUGUAAAGGUUUUGUGUGAGCACGUCAUUUUGUUCUCAUUCAUGCUUUUCUUUGCACUGUUUUGUUUACAACUACUGCUUUUUUUUAAAGUAAUUAUUUCAGUGUAAAGAAAUGAUACUGGGUGAUUUUAGCUGUUUUGAAUAUCCCAAAGGUUAUUGUUUCAAUAAUUUAUAGGCCUCCAAGAUACAACAGAAAAUUUAUGGAGGUCUUUUCAUAACUGCUGUCAGUUAUUUGUACUGACUCCUACUGUUUUGUCAUAACGGUAGACUUUAACAUUCAUGUUGAUAAUAACAUGGACAAAAACAUUCUAAAGAACUCUCUGCUAUACUCGAUACAUUUGACCUCUCUCAACAUAUUAAGAGUCCAACCCAAUACUCUCACUCUGUUUGCUAUGGUUGACAAGCUCACAACCCCCCGAAUCAGAUAGCUCCAGAACUCCUAAAAACAGAUAAAUGCAAUGAAAUUUGCUUAUUAUUUUAGUGAAAAAAUACAAUCCAUCAGGUUAAAUAUUAGCACAAAUCAGCAAAAUGAUAAAAUGAUGCUACAUCUGAAGCAUCUAUUACCAUGUCAGAAUUUGAUACAGUUGACCAAAUAACUGUAGAGAAAACGGUUCAGCAGCUAAAACCAAUACCAUCUGACUUUUUCAAAGCUAUUGCGAAGUCUGUGCAAGCUGAUUUGCAGCAAAUAAUCAAUUGCUCACUUCAGUCAGGCGAGUUUCCUAAAGCUCUUAAAAUAGCUGCCAUUAAGCCUCGGCUAAAAAAAUAGAACGCUGGACGCUUCCAUGUUAGCAAGCUAUAGACCCAUCUCAAAUCUCCCUUUCAUAGCCAAGAUUGUUGAGAAAGUUAUUUUUACCCAACUCAGCAAUUUCUUGAACUUAAAAGGACUUUUUGACGAAUUUCAAUCAGGGUUCUGAACUCAUCACAGUACAUAAUCUGCUCUUAUCAAAGUGCUAAAUCAUAUAAGGUUGAAUACUGACUUGGGAAAGGUGUCAAUUCUGGUCUUGUUGGACUUCAGUGCGGCUUUUGAUACGGUAGAUCAUAAUAUACUGCUGAACAGGUUGGAAACGUGGGUAGGACUAAAUGGAACAGUCCUUGAAUGGUUCAGGCCUACCUGGAUGAAAGGAGUUCUUUUGUAACCAUUGGAAGUAUUCAAUCUCAUUGAAUGGCAAUGACCUAUGGGGUCCCUCAAGGGUCAGUUCUUGGACCCCUCCUGUUCAGCCUGUAUAUGCUACCCUCAGGUCAAAUUCUUCAGAACUUUAAUUUUGACUAUCAUAGCUAUGCAGACGACACACAGUUAUAUCUAGCAGUGUCUCCAGAUGACUACAGUUCAAUUGAGGUGUUGUGUCACUGUCCAAAACAGAUAAAUUUCUGGAUGAGCCAAACUUUCCUUCAAUUAAACCACAACAAAACUGAGAUAAUUGUUUUUGGCAAUAAAGAAAAGCGGAUUGCUGUUAGUAAAUACCUGGAGUCACUGUCUUUAAAAACCAAUCAUAUCAAAUCAAUUACUAAAACUGCCUUCUACCAUGUGAAGAACAUAUCCAGAGUGAAGGCUUGCAUGUGUCAAGCAGACCAGGAGAAGCUCAUCCAUGCUUUUAGCUCAAGUAGACUUGACUAUUGUAAUGGUCUUCUGACUCAACUCCUUAAAAUGAGCAUUAAACAGCUGCAGCUCAUUCAGAAUGCUGCAGCUCGGGUUAUGACCAGAACAAAGAGGUCAGAGCAUAUUACUCCAAUUCUAAAGCCUUUACACUGGCUUCCAGUCAGCUUUAAAAUAGAUUUUAAAUUUCUGCUAUUGGUCUAUAAAUCAAUAAACGGUUUAGAUCAUGGCGGCACGUGGGCGACUGCUUAGAGCGUCUGCCUCACAGUUCUGAGGUCCGGGGUUCAAUCCCCGGCCCCACCUGUUUGGAGUUUGCAUGUUCUCCCUGUACCUGCGUGGGUUUUCUCCGGGUGCUCCGGUUUCCUCCCACAUCCCAAAAAUAUGUGUGGUAGGUUAAUUGAUGACUCUAAAUUUCCCGGUGUGAAUGUGAGUGCGAAUGGUUGGUUGUUUCUAUGUGCCUUGCGAUUGGCUGGCAACCAGUUCAGGGUGUACCCCGCCUCCUGCCCGACGACAGUUGGGAUAGGCUCCAGCACUCCCGCGACCCUUGUGAGGAUAAGCGGCUCAGAAAAUGGAUGGAUGGUUUAGAUCAUGAAUACAUGAAUGAAAUGCUAAUGGCAUAUAAACCCAGUAGGGCUCCUAGAUCGACAGACUCAGGUCAAAUAGUCGAGCACAGAGUCCAUAGCAAACAUGGUGAAGCAGAAUUUAGCUAUUAUGCUGCACACAAAUGGAAUAAGUUGCCAACAGAAGUGACGUCAGCCCCAAGUGUGCAUGUUUUUAAGUCCAGGUUAAAAACUCAUCUAUUUUCCCAUACUUUCUAGAGCAUUUCCACUUUUAAAUGAUAGUUUUUGCACUGUACGCAGUUUUAAAAUUUGCUUUACUUUGCUUACUGUAUGUUUUUUUUAAUAUGUUCAAUAAAAGUGCAAUUGUUUUGA